AUGCUGAGACAGGUUGUGACUCGUUCACGCUCUGUUCGACGCUUGUUUUAUCAUAAAGCCGAAAGAAAUCCGAACUUCAAAUAUGUCGCCGACAAAGAUUUGAAGUUUUUUGAAAACGUUCUAGGUUCUGGAAACGUUGCGAUCAGUGAAAUUGAAACUUACAACGCUGAUUGGUCAAAGUGGUACAAAGGGAAGGCAUCUUGUGUGCUUUUGCCAGCCACAACUGAAGAGACUUCUGCUCUUCUAUCAUAUUGUUUUGAAAAUAAUAUAGCUGUGGUUCCUCAGGCAGGAAAUACUGGAUUAGUUGGUGGUUCUAUACCGGUUCAUGACGAAGUAAUUAUAUCCGUUAAACGUAUAAGAGAUUACUUCAACUUCGAUGAAGUUACAGGUGUUCUAACAUGCGAUGCUGGAUUCGUUUUAGAAGAGCUAGAUCAGAAAAUUUCUAAAAAAGGUUAUAUGAUGCCUUUCGAUCUUGGGGCCAAAGGUUCAUGUAUGAUCGGUGGGAAUAUCGCUACUUGUGCUGGAGGCAUCCGUCUUUUACGAUAUGGAAGUCUUCAUGCUCACCUACUUGGUUUGACAGCUGUUUUGCCAGAUCACAAGGGCACUGUUCUCCGAUUAGGUUCAGCACUGAGGAAGGACAAUACUUCGCUGCACACUCCACAUCUGUUUUUGGGGAGUGAAGGACAGUUAGGCAUUAUCACGAGAGUUACAAUGACAACAGUUCCAAAGCCAAUAAGUGUUCAAAGUGCUAUGAUAGGGACAGAUUCGUUUGAGGCUUGUUGCAAUAUCCUGAAGUUAGCUCGCAGUGAACUCUCCGAGAUUUUAUCUUCCUUUGAGUUCAUGGAUCGUGCAACAAUAGAAUGUGUGAGAGACACUCUGGGUCUGAACCAUGUUCUGUCUUCAAAUCCUAACUUCAACAUAUUGAUUGAAACAUCGGGUUCUAACGAGACGCAUGACAAAGAAAAAAUGGCGAAUUUCCUUGAACAAUGUAUGGACAGUGGACUGGCUGUGGAUGGCAUUCAGGCAAGAUCUCAUAUGGAAGCUAAUGAAAUGUGGAAGUUAAGAGAGUCUGCUCCAUUAGCAGUUGCUAAAGAUGGAUGGGUUUUUAAAAACGAUGUUUCUCUGCCAUUAGAUAGCUUUUACAAGUUGUCCGAACAUAUCUCGGCAAAGUUUAAAAAUCGUGUGAAGAGAGUGGUAACAUAUGGUCAUCUUGGGGAUGGAAACAGCCACUUGAAUAUAACAAGUGAGAAGUACGAGGACAGUCUGUACAAAGAACUAUAUCCUUAUCUCUACGAAUGGGUCGCCCAGCAUGAAGGCUCUAUUUCAGCUGAACAUGGAAUAGGGCAAAUGAAAUUGCCUUAUGCCCACUUGAGCAAAUCUCCUGAAGAGAGGAAGCUUAUAAGAGAUCUGAAAACAAUCUUUGAUCCAAAGGGUAUUCUAAAUCCUUAUAAACUAAUUUCAUACUAA